AUGGCGGCCUGGCCGGGCCCGGUCCACUCGGUGCUGCUGUUGCUGGUGGCGUCGGUGCUGCCCGGCGGCUCGUGGGGCUCAGAGCCGGCCGGGGCGGGGGAGUCUCCUGGCGGGCCGGGCCCCGGGGAGCGGUUUAAAAUCGAGGGCCGGGCGGUGGUGCCCGGGGUGAAGCCGCAGGACUGGAUCGCGGCAGCCCGGGUGCUGGUGGACGGGGAGGAGCACGUCGGCUUCCUCAAGACAGAUGGAAGUUUUGUGGUUCAUGAUAUACCUUCUGGAUCUUACGUAGUAGAAGUUAUAUCCCCAGCUUAUAGGUUUGAACCAGUUCGAGUGGACAUAACUUCAAAAGGCAAAAUGAGAGCAAGAUAUGUGAAUUACAUCAAAACGUCAGAAGUAGUCAGGCUGCCAUACCCGCUUCAGAUGAAAUCUUCUGGACCCCCUUCUUACUUCAUAAAGAGAGAGUCUUGGGGAUGGACAGACUUUCUAAUGAACCCUAUGGUUAUGAUGAUGGUUCUUCCAUUACUGAUAUUUGUAUUGCUGCCUAAAGUUGUCAACACCAGUGAUCCUGACAUGAGACGGGAAAUGGAGCAGUCAAUGAAUAUGCUAAAUUCCAACCAUGAACUGCCCGAUGUCUCUGAAUUCAUGACAAGACUUUUCUCUUCAAAAUCUUCCAGCAAGUCUGGCAGUGGGAGCAGUAAAACAGGGAAAAGUGGUGCUGGAAAAAGGAGGUAGUUGUUUCUUCCUCCUGCGCCUGAGUUUGCACAACUGUUUUUGUGUGGUAUCAUCUGUAUGGGUCUUGCAAGUUCAAAACACCACUACUGUAAACUUGAUCCAACAUGAAAAUUGAUCUGCUACAACUGUUGUAUGUGAUGUAGCUUUUUAGCUUAUUUAAGCUGUUUUGUACUUGGCAGUAAGCAGAGGAGGACAUGGCUUCAAUCUUGUAUGUGUAUAAGGUCAAUAUUGAUGAUACUGAAUUAACUAUAUUGCGCUGUAGAAAAUGACAUUAAAGUAAUUAAAUUAUAUGAUGUGCUAUACAUUAAUGAAUAAGUUUUAAUCCCUAGACAAAAUCUCACUAUAUGUAACAACAACUUUUGGUUUCAAAGAAAGAGUUCUAUUUUUAAAAAUGAGCUUAAUGUUUUUCUGUCCUUCUCUUCUAUCCAGUUCUCAAGUGCAUAAAGUUUCUCCCUUUAAUGAAAUUGAGUCAUUUGCGUUUACCGAGGAAAGAACUGGCUCUGCCAGCUAGAAGUAUUUGAACUGAAUAUUCUAUGUAUUUGAGUUACUUUAUUUUGUAUGUACAUUUGCUGGCUGCCAAAAUCCUAUUUAAUAAGGUUAGUUUGAGUGGAAUAGUAGUUCAUGGGUUUUUCCAUUUCAUUUUACUUAUCUGGCAGCUGCUACAAAACUUCAACACGAGCAGGCAAGCAUCCUUUUCCAAAACUGCUCAUGACCUCCGUCAAGUUACUUAUGGAUCUCCAAUAGCCAUACAGUAAGAGGAAUGCAGCUCAGGUCCUUCCGCUUACACUGACCACACUGAAUGCCACAUAUUUGAAACAUACUUGAUUCUUACCAGUUCUCUGACUGUAUUUGCUACUAGUUUGUCUAGGAGGCAGACUUGAAGCCAAACACAGGGCAAAUAAUUUUACAAGUAGCUAGGUUGACUCCCACUUGCAUCAACUUUUAAAACUGUUUAUAUCAAACUCCAUAAUAGAACACGAUUGCAUUACAAGGUAAAUGGAACUGCAUGUGGUCGUUUAUUGGCAACACUCUACUCUUCUUCAUCCUGACUUGCUAGGCUGUUCUAGAAUCCCUCAUUCAUUUGAUAUGAAUGAAGAGAAUCUUCUCAAGCUGCUCAGUGUUAAGCAAAUUUUAAAGGUGAUUUAAAUUCAGAUGCUGUAAACAGUUGACUAUUCUCCACUCUACAAACAUUUUGUAGAAUUAAAAUUAUUGGAACACUU